GUUGCAAGACAUGCACCUGUGCAGCUGUUUCCGCAGUUCCGCGGUUGCUCCAGAUGAGACCUACGACACUUCUGGUCGCGAUGUGGUUUCUGUGGAAUCAGAAGACAGCAGUGACCGUCCUGGACAUUUUCUACGGGGCAUCAGCUGCCUGUACUUUGCCGACGGCUUCAUUAAGGUGAUAAGUGCUGGCCAUGACCGCAACGCUUCAGUGCGUGAAGUUGAAGCAGACGUUAUCCGUAAGAAAGGACCCGAUGCUGCGAAAUCCGAGUUUAUGCUAUCAUACAGCUGGGGAUAUGGUGUUGGCUCAAUUGCAGACACACUGACCGACUUCCUCGGUAGCGAUGAGCACAAGUACGUGUGGAUUUGUUGUCUCUGCAUCAAUCAACACCGUGUCAAAGAAGCUCAGGCUGCUGGUCAUGUGGUUCCCUUUGGGAUCUUCAGAAAGGCCUUCAGUCAACGUGUCGAGGGCGUCUCGCACAUCUUGGCUCGUCUCCCAUGUUCCCCGCAUUUGUUCGUCCUUACCUUGGCGCCUGACAAUGAAAAGGAUGCCUUUCGUUCUGCUCUGUUCGCUUCUGGCCGCGGUCUGCGAGAACUCUUCGAGGGUUUGUCCAAGCUGAGAAUCCAAGACGCGCAAGCGUCAGUGCCACAUGAUAAAGAACACAUCAUGCAAACCAUCGACAAGGCUGCUGAGGCAACAGGGCAGGGCAUAAGGAAGGACUUCAAUAAGUCGCCCAAAGUGGCCGCGCUCAACCAAAGUGUCAAGGAGAAAUUGCAAACCUGGUUUAUAGCGACCGCUGCUGCGUGGCUGGAAAAGAAGAUAUCCUCUGGUGACUCUGUGAAGCGGUUGCAUUUGGAUGGUGAUGCAGUGGUCAUUUUGGUCAUUUUGGUUGGCAUGAAACAACAUGGCUGCGAUGGUCCUGUGGCAGCGAUUUCCAUCAGAUUGCUUGGACGGAUGUCCAUUCGCAAGGGUGACUAUAGUCGUGCAGAGCAGCACUACACACACGCUAUGGCAUUGCUAGACGCCUGCAACUUGGUUAGCAUCCUUUUCUGGACAAGUUGCGAAGACUACGCGCGGCUUCUGAAGCACAUGGGGACUGUGCAUUUGGGCGAGGGUGAUUUGAUGCAGGUGACGCUGGAAGACAAUUGGAAAGCGCUAGAGGCAUUUGAGGAAGCUCGAAGGAUCUAUCAAGCUGAGAAGUUGGAGAGACCAGAUACGGCCUUGACAUCUUUCCGGGAAGCUUGUGAUGUCUACGACGCAGUGGGUGCUAGUGGCCUUGCCGUGGCACAGGCAUAUUCAAAGUUGGGGCAGAUGCUAAACAAAGCGGGGACUCCAGAGAAAGCUGCAGAAGCUUGGCCGCUCUGUGCCACAGAAGCAUAUGGGCGGGCCAAGAAGGAGUAUGAAGCCUGUGGUGAAGUAGAUGGGCCGGAGUACGAGGAAGCCCGCGAGUUCUCGUUUCAGGGGAAAUUCCCUGUGGUGAAAUUCACCCCUGAGCGCAAGUUCAUGCCGCCUCUGAGUGGAGAUAUAGGAACCUACGGUUUCACUUCAGAGGCGCAAGACUCAUU